CGAAGGAGUGUGAUGGGAUGAGAGCGAUAACCCGUCGCACAAAUCAACGCCGUCAGACAGGAUGGAGAAGCAAGCUACUCGGAAAGAAAAGUUUUCCAUCUUCGGUUCUCGGACAGCGGGCAUACCAAUGAGAUGUGUUUCUGGAGUACAGGAGGCCAGGUAUGGUCUCAGCAAAGCAGAGUUCAUGGAGAAAGUGCAGCAGAGCAAUGACGCUUGUCAGCGUGGUGACUUUCAGGCAGCUGUUCAUUUGUACACUAAUGCCUUGCAAGCUGACCCACAGAACUGCAUCCUCUAUAGUAACCGGUCAGCAGCGCGGCUCAAACUGGGACAACACCAGGCGGCACUGGAGGAUGCUGAAAAAGCUUGUGAGCUCAAUCCCAAGUGGCCCAAGGCAUACUUCCGACAGGGUGUUGCCCUUCAGUACCUUGGUCGCCAUGCCGACGCACUGGCCGCCUUCGCCUCCGGGCUGGCCCAAGACCCCAAGAGCCUCCAGCUACUGGUGGGAAUGGUGGAAGCCGCCAUGAAGUCGCCGCUACGAGAGUCUCUCGAGCCCACCUAUCAGCAGCUGCAAAAGAUGAAGCUGGACAAAAGUCCCUUUGUGGUGGUGUCUGUGAUUGGCCAGGAGCUGCUGACCGCAAGUCACCACACAGCCUCUGUUGUGGUGCUGGAAGCCGCUUUGAAGAUCGGCACAUGCAGCCUCAAGCUACGUGGCUCGGUCUUUUCGGCCCUCAGCAGCGCCCACUGGUCCCUGGGCAACACAGAGAAGAGCACUGGCUACAUGCAACAGGACUUGGAGGUGGCCAAGACCCUAGGUGACCAAACAGGGGAAUGCCGUGCUCAUGGGAAUCUGGGCUCGGCAUUCUUCUCCAAGGGAAACUAUCGAGAAGCGCUGACCAACCAUCGCAACCAGCUAGUUUUGGCAAUGAAGCUAAAGGACAGAGAGGCUGCUUCAAUGGCGCUGAGCAGCUUGGGCCAUGUAUAUACAGCCAUUGGCGACUAUCCGAACGCCCUGGCCAGCCACAAACAGUGUGUCCUACUGGCCAAGCAGUCCAAGGAUCAGCUGUCUGAGGCUCGCGAGCUGGGAAACAUGGGGGCCGUCUACAUUGCCAUGGGAGACUUUGACAAUGCUGUCCAAAGCCACGAGCAGCAUCUGGGCAUUGCCAAGGCCCUGGAAAAUAAACGAGAGGAAGCUCGUGCUUAUAGUAACCUAGGCAGUGCCUACCACUACCACCGUAACUUUGACAAGGCCAUGUCCUACCAUACUCACGUUCUGGAGCUCUCCCAGGAGCUGGAAGAAAAGUCCAUUGAGAUGAGAGCCUACGCAGGACUGGGUCAUGCUGCUCGCUGCAUGCAGGACUUGGAGAGAGCCAAGCAGUACCAUGAACAGCAGCUGUCUAUAGCUGAGGGUUUGAAGGACAGGGCCGCAGAGGGAAGGGCCUCCUCCAAUCUGGGCAUAAUCCACCAGAUGAAAGGGGAUUAUGAGACUGCACUGAAACUCCACAAAACACACCUGGCCAUUGUUCAAGAGCUGAAUGACUAUGCUGCUCAGGGCCGGGCCUAUGGUAACAUGGGUAAUGCCUACAACGCCCUGGGAGCCUUCGAUCAGGCUGUUCGCUAUCACCGCCAGGAGCUGCAGAUAUCCAUGGAAGUCAAUGACCGGGCCUCGCAGGCCUCCACCCAUGGAAAUCUGGCUGUGGCUUACCAAGCCCUGGGAGCCCAUGACCGUGCUCUGCAACAUUACCAGAACCACCUCAACAUCGCUCGUGAACUCCGAGAUGUCCAGAGCGAGGCGCGGGCUCUGGGCAACCUCGGCAACUUCCACUGCUCUCGAGGAGAGUUCCCUCAGGCCGUGCCCUACUAUGAGCAGUACCUCCGCUUGUCCCCGGACCUCCAAGACAUGGAAACCGAAGGAAAAGUUUGUCACAAUCUGGGUUAUGCCCACUACUGUCUGGGCAACUACCAGGAUGCCGUCAAGUACUAUGAGCAGGACCUAGCUCUGGCCAAGGACCUUCAUGAUAAACUGAGUCAGGCCAAGGCCUACUGUAACCUUGGGUUGGCAUUCAAGGCCCUGGGAGACUUCACUAAGGCAGAGGAGUGUCAGAAAUACCUGCUGUCACUGGCCCAAUCCCUGAACAAUGCCCAGGCUCGCUUCAGAGCACUGGGGAACCUCGGGGACAUAUUUGUCUGUAAAAAAGAUGUGGCUGGAGCCAUUCAGUUUUACGAGCAGCAGCUGGCCUUAGCUCACCAGGUUAAGGAGCGUAGGAUGGAGGCCUGUGCCUAUGCUGCCCUUGGGGCCACCUACAGACUUGUGCAGAAAUAUGACAAAGCACUGGGCUACCACACCCAGGAGCUGGAGGUGUAUCAAGAGCUGGGCGACGUGUCAGGAGAGUGCAAAGCCCAUGGUCACCUGGCAGCUGUCUACAUGGCCCUGGGAAAGUACGCUAUGGCCUUUAAGAGCUACGAAGAGCAAUUAGAGCUUGGGCGGAGGCUGAAGGAUCCUGUCGUGGAGGCUCAGGUGUACGGAAAUAUGGGCAUCACUAAAAUGAAUGUAGGCGUGAUGGAGGAAGCCAUUGGCUACCUGGAGCAGCAGCUGGCCACUUUGCAGCAGCUGAGUGGCAACGAGGCAUUGAUGGACAGGGGCAGGGCCUAUGGAAACCUGGGAGACUGUUAUGAGGCUCUGGGAGACUUUGAGGAAGCCAUCAAGUACUAUGACCAGUAUCUGUCAGUGGCCCAGAGCCUCAACCGCAUGCAGGACCAGGAGAAGGCCUACAGAGGCUUAGGCAACGGACACAGGGCCAUGGGAAACCUACAGCAGUCACUGGUGUGUUUUGAGAAGCGGCUAGUAGUGGCUCAUGAGCUGGGGGACUGUGGAGGCAAGGCUCAGGCCUAUGGUGAACUGGGCGCACUACACAGCCAGCUGGGAAAUUAUGAGCAGGCUAUCUCCUGUCUGGAGCGUCAGCUGGUAAUUGCCCGUGACACCCAGGACAGACUUCUGGAGGGGGAUGCCAGCUGCGGUUUGGGCGUUGUAUAUCAAUCUAUGGGAGAGUAUGAGACAGCCCUGCGAUGCCACCAAAGUGACCUGGAGAUUGCAGAGGAAGCAGGAAGCGCCGCGCGCCAGGCGCGCGCCUAUGGGAACUUGGGUCUUACCUAUGAGUCGCUUGGAAACUACGAGCGGGCAGUCGUGUUCCAGGAACAGCACCUAAGUGUUGCGGCUCAGACUAAUGACUUGGCUGCCAAGACACUGGCCUAUGGCAGCCUGGGGAGAACACACCACGCACUGCAAAACUACUCACAGGCUGUCAUGUACCUGCAAGAAGGCCUGCGGCUUGCAGAGCAGCUGGCUCGGCGUGAGGACGAGGCAAAGAUCCGGCAUCGUCUUGGGCUCUCUCUGUGGGCCAGUGGGAAUCUGGAGGAGGCUCAACAUCAGCUCUACCGGGCUUCUGCACUGUUUGAGACCAUCCGCCAUGAAGCCCAGCACAGCACAGACUAUAAACUCUCCUUGUUUGAUCUGCAAACCUCCUGCUACCAGGCACUCCAAAGGGUCCUUGUCAGCCUAGGCCACCAUGAUGAAGCUCUGGCAGUGGCAGAGCGGGGUCGUACGCGAGCCUUUGCUGACCUCUUGGUAGAGCGGCAGACAGGCCAGCAGGACUCAGAUCCCUACACCCCAGUAACAGUGGAGCACAUCUUGGACACGGUCAACAGCCAGAGAGCCUUGGUGCUUUAUUUCUCCAUGGCUGCUGGCUACCUGUACAGCUGGCUGCUGGCUCCAGGAGCAGGCAUCCUGAAGUUUCAUGAGGUGUACCUAGGCGAGGGCAUGUCAGAAGGAGGUUCAGAUUUCCAGGAGGGAAGCGUCAGUGGGGUGGUCAGCGGCUCUUCAUUGGAGCAGCACAUUGCCAGUGCCCGUGAGGCUCUGGGAGUAGAGUCUUAUUACAGCAGAGGAUGUUCGAGCAGCGAGACAGAGAGUGAGGCAGGAGAUUUGUUGGACCAACAAUUUGAGGAGCUCAACAACAAGCUUAACUCCGUCACUGAUCCAACCGGCUUCCUUCGCAUGGUGUCCAGAAACAACCUGUUCAACAGGAGUUGCCAGAGUAUGACAAGCCUGUUUAGUAACACCAUGUCACCUGCCAAAGAUGGUAACUCUUCCCUGCCUCGCCGCUCCAGCAACCUCGGAAAGCCUCCACUUCGGGCACUUUAUGAUUUGCUCAUUGCACCUAUGGAGGGGGGCUUGAUGCACUCGAGUGGGCCAGUUGGCAGACACAGACAACUGGUGAUGGUGCUGGAGGGAGAACUGUACCUCAUUCCCUUCGCCUUGCUAAAAGGAAGCUCUUCUAAUGAAUACCUGUAUGAGCGCUUCAGCCUCAUUGCUGUUCCCUCCAUCCAUGGCCUUGGAUCCAGUGCAAAGGCUCACCCCCGGCGCUCCGGACCAGCUCCAUGUGGCGGUGUCUCAAUGGCAGCAGUGGUGGGGAACCCUAGACUGCCCUCGCCUGUGAUGGACCGCUGGCUGUGGGGACCCAUGCCCUCUGCAGAGGAGGAGGCUCUAAUGGUGGCUGAGUUGCUGGGCUGUCAACCACUGGCCGGCUCUGCUGCCACCAAGGAAAGGGUGAUGAGUGCCCUUACACAGGCCGAGUGUGCCCACUUUGCCACCCACAUUUCCUGGAAAUUGGCAGCUCUGGUGCUCACCCCAAACCCUGAAAGCACGAAGGGCUCCAUUGGAAGUGGCUACACCAUCCCAGAGUCUCUCCACAUGCAGGAUGACAGCAGUGACGUGGAGAGCAUCUGUGACAGUCCGCCCUUGCAGGAGUUCUUGCUCACAGCUGCAGAUAUAUUGGACCUGAGGUUGCCUAUCAAGCUGGUGGUGCUAGGGUCGUACCAGGAGUCCAGCAGCAAAGUGACAGCAGAUGGUGUUGUGGGAUUGACCAGGGCCUUCCUGGCUGCUGGUGCUCAGUGUGCUCUUGUGUCCUUGUGGCCUGUCCCUGUCGCAGCCUCCAAAGUUUUUAUCCAUGCCUUCUACACUGCACUGCUCAACGGAACCAAGGCUAGCGCAGCACUGGCAGAUGCGAUGAAGACUGUCCAGAGCAGCAAGCAGUACUCGCACCCCUCCAACUGGGCAGGAUACAUGCUGAUUGGCAAUGAUGUGAAGCUUAACAGCCCAUCUUCCCUCAUUGGCCAAGCUUUGGCAGAGAUUCUACAGUAUCCUGAUCGAGCGCGUGAUGCUCUUAGAGUUUUACUCCACCUGGUGGAGAAGUCUCUUCAGAGGAUACAGAACGGCCAGCGUAACUCCAUGUAUACAUCCCAGCAAAGUGUGGAGAACAAGGUGGGGGGGGUCCCUGGCUGGCAGGCCCUGUUGACAGCUGUGGGCUUCCGUCUGGACUCUGUGGGCACCGGUAUGCCUUCUGCAGUCUUCUUUCCCACUGCUGAUCCUGGAGACAGACUUCAGCAGUGCAGCACCACUUUACAAUCACUACUGGGUCUGCCGCCGCCAGCUCUCCAGGCUUUGUGCAAACUCAUCACAGCUUCAGAGGCAGGAGAGCAGCUCAUCAAUCGGGCUGUUAAAAAUAUGGUGGCAAUGCUCCACCAGGUGCUCGUGCAACUCCAGACAGGAGAGAAGGAGCAGGAUUUCUCCCUCCUGCCCAUUCAGGUGUCCAUCAGUGUGCAGCUGUGGAGGCUGCCAGGAUGCCAUGAAUUUCUGGCUGCGCUUGGAUUUGACUUAUGCGAGGUUGGCCAAGAAGAAGUGGUGCUGAAGACAGGCAAGAUAGCCAACCGCCGCACCUUGCACUUUGCUCUCCAGUCUCUGCUGGCACUGUUUGACUCCACAGAACUGCCCAAGCGUCUGAGUCUGGAUAGCUCAUCUUCCCUUGAGUCGCUAGCUUCAGCCCAGUCUGUGUCCAACCCUCUUCCCAUGGGAUACUCAAGCCUUCCCUUCUCUCCUCCUUGCCUGGACAGUCAGGCAUCAGAUGCUAUCUCUGUCUAUAGCCUAAGUUCUGUAGCCUCCUCCAUGAGCUUUGUUUCCAAGUCAGAGUGUGAUUUCUUAGGUCAUCGGCAACGCGGUGGGGUCACAGCACACUACUCUAUCCACAAACACCCUCAUGUUCCUCGUAGUCGCUCCUCUCCUCAUGGAGCAGCUGCUGCUGCAGUGGCAGGAGCUCGGGGAGAUGAUGAGGAAUAUGAGGGCUUUUCCAUUAUCAGCAGCGAGCCUCUGGGAAGCCACUGUGACUCUCUGCCCCUGCCACUAGGCCACAGCCAGCGCCACCACCGAGGAGGCAGGGGGGUAGUUGGUGGGUCCAGCACAGGAGCAGGGAGAGGCUACACUGUAUCAGUAUCGUCAAGGGGCAGUGUCAGCACCCCCACUUCCCCUGUUAAAACAUGUCUGGUGGCCAGCCCAAACUCCCCAUUCCAGAAGGUUGGUAAGGUGAGCAGCUCAGAUACAGGUGAAUCUGACCAGUCCAGUACCGAGACGGAUAGUACUGUCAAGUCUCAGGAAGAGAAAAUUGUCCCUAUGGAUCCUCAAGAGCUGGCCCAGAAGAUUCUGGAGGAGACUCAGAGCCAUCUCCGAGCUGUAGGUAGUCUUCAGCGGGCUGGGCCAGAGGGUGCAACGGCUGGAGGAACAUCAGCACGGAGCAGCGCCUUCCGUUCUUCUGAAACUAGUGCAUUCAGCCGUCCUAACAGCAGUGCAAGCGGCAGAGCUCAAUCUUCCCCAAGGCCCAAACCUCCCUCCCGUUCCUCUUCGCUGCAGAAAAUAAGCUCUGGCUACAAUAGCCCUGCAAUCUCUGAGUCUUCCCAAAAGGAGGGCAGCCAUCCAUCACCCACUCUGGACAGCCAUGCACAGUUCAGAUUAAAGUAUCCAAGCUCCCCAUACAGCGGCCACAUCUCUCAUUCCCCGAGUAAUGUGUCUCCCAGUUCUGGUCACCAGUCCCCGGCUGGUAGUGCUCCAUCCCCAGCCCUGUCGUACUCCUCUACAGGCUCUGCCUGCUCUACAUCGGCAGAUAUCCCAGACUUGGACCGGCUAAGAAGAGGAGUCAUUGAUGAAAAAGUCCAAGCUAUCCACAAUCUGAAGACCUUUUGGGCUAAUGCUGCAGCCCAGCAACAUCUAGGUCCUGUCCGAGGCAUCCAUGGGACUCCCGGGCCCCUUGCUUCUGCCAGUAGAGAUGUACUGAGCCUUCUGAACCUCUCUCCACGCCAUUGCUCUCCUAAUGAUACCCAAGACAGCCUGGAGCUGCGAGAGCUGGGGCUGCAAUCACUGGAUAGGGGCAGCAAGAACAAUGGACACCACUGCUCCAACCCUAGAAAAAUGGCCCCAUCACCUACUAUUUCCACAAGCAGUAGCCCUGGUCCUCGUUCUAUCCGACUACCUGCUGGGAAUGGAUACAAGUUUCUGUCGCCUGGAAGAUUUUUCCCUUCCUCUAAAUGCUGAGACAUUUAAAACAGUCCUAUACUUUUAUCUAUCUAUUAUUUACUAUUGUGUGCGAGUAGGGCACUUUUUGAGGGCCACUGUUGGUCCACCAAGCUUGACUGACAAUGAGAAGGAUGUGAUUGGUCAGUGGGUGCGAUUCUGAAGAGGCACAUGAAUGCUUUAGAGAGAGUCAUGUCUUUGUGCCCAUAACACUGUAAAUGGCAAUGAGAAAUACUCAAAGACCUGAUACUGUGUUUGUGUGUAACUGUGUGUCAGGUAGAUGUAAAUGCCAUUCGGUAUUUUUCUUUGCUGUUUGUGUGGGCCAAGAUGCAACAGCUAGGACUGAUUUCCUCCAUUCUAUUUUUGUUUUUAAAUUGAAUAAUUAUUGUUAUUAUUGUUUGUUAUUGUUAUUGUUA